AUGGCUCUCAACGGAAAUGGACAGGCUACUUUCACAAUCCCAACCGUUGACCUGACAGCCUACCUCAAUGACCCAGAUUCUUCCGAGGCCGAGACCAUCGUGACACAAAUUCGCACUGCUUGCACAACAAGUGGCUUCUUCCAGAUUACUGGACACGGUGUCUCAGAAUCGCUUCAAAGUCGGGUGUUUUCUGCAGCGAAGGCGUUGUUUGAUCUGCCAGACGACGAGAAGCAUAAGCUCAGUGGGAAACCUGGGCGAGGGUUCGAGAUCAUCGGAGCCCAGACGCUGGAGGAUGGCAAGAAGCCCGACCUGAAAGAAGGAUACUAUGUUGGUCGCGAGAUCCCCGGCAACAAGCCGCCAUUCAGACCCUUUCAGGAAGCAAACAUCUGGCCAGAUCAAAUCCCGGAAUCAGAAUUCAAACAGCCCUUGCUUGAAUACCAUCGAGCCGUGUCUGACCUGUCAUUCCUGCUCAUGAGAAUCUUGGCUCGGGGUUUGGACAAUUUCGAUACAACCGUGUUUGAAGGCUUCUGUCGGGAUCCAAUUGCCGCAAUCCGGCUGCUGCAUUACCCUCCGCACCCCAAUUCCGAUGAUUCAGCAUUGGUCGGCGCCGGUGCACAUACAGACUUUGGAGCCAUCACCCUCUUACUCCAAGAUGGGCAUUCCGGUCUGCAGGUUCUGAACCAGUUUACCGGGGACUGGAUCGAUGUGCCACCUCAACAACAUGCAUAUGUGGUGAAUGUCGGAGACAUGCUCGAAGCCUGGACGAGUGGCGCAUACAAAAGCAACAUACAUCGAGUCAUCAACACUUCCGGCACUGACCGAUAUUCGAUACCUUUCUUCCUGGACGGCAAUGCAGACUGUAUCAUCAAGCCCCUGGAUGGUUCCGAGGGCAAGGCAUUCACGGUUGAAGAGCAUAUGCUGUCCAGAUACGCUGCCAGCUACAAGUAGU